CCACAAGUGUGACAUCGAUUUUCCUCCGAACAGACCCACAAGGAUUUUUCUUGUAUUGGACAGACCAAAAUAAGUUGCAGGAGACUGAGCUGUUAGAUCUCAGUAUCGUCAGAGAUGCCAGAUGUGGGAAACAUGCCAGAGCUCCUAAGGAUCCAAAAUUGCGUGAGCACCUGGAUGCAGGGAACCUCGGAGGCAGGCUGGAGAACCGGAUGCUCACAAUCGUGUACGGCCCCGACCUGGUCAAUAUAUCAUACUUGAAUUUAGUAGCGGCUCAAGAAGACAUCGCAAAGGAAUGGGCAGAAGAAGUCUUCAGUUUGGCCACCAACUUGCUGGCACAGAACAUGUCCAGAGAAUCUUCUCUGCAAAAAGCUUACACAAAGCUCAAACUGCAAGUGACAACGGAGGGACGUAUCCUUUUGAAGAGCAUUUACCGCUUGUUCUCCACGGACAGAAAGCGUGUCGAGACGGCGUUGGAAGCUUGCAAUCUUCCUUCUGCUAGGAAUGACUCAAUUCCUCAAGAGGACUUCACUCCGGAAGUAUACAGAGAGUUCUUGAGCAACAUGUGUCCUCGGCCUGAAAUCGACCACAUCUUCUUAGAGUAUGGGGCCAAGACCAGGCCGUAUCUUACCGUUGAUCAGAUGAUGGAAUUUAUAAACUCGAAGCAACGGGACCCGCGUCUAAAUGAAAUUCUCUAUCCACCCUUGAAGCAAGAACAGGUUCAGCAGCUGAUUGAGAAAUAUGAACCCAAUAACAGUCUGGCUAAGAAAGGGCAGAUAUCAGUGGAUGGGUUUAUGAACUACUUGAGCGGAGAGGAGAAUGGAGUGGUUCCACCUGAAAAACUGGAUUUAAACGAAGACAUGACCCAGCCUCUGUCGCACUAUUUGAUCAACUCGUCGCACAACACCUACCUCACAGCUGGACAGCUGGCUGGGAACUCCUCCGUAGAGAUGUACCGCCAGGUGCUGUUGUCCGGCUGCCGUUGUGUUGAGCUGGAUUGCUGGAAAGGCCGGACGGCUGAAGAAGAGCCGGUCAUCACACACGGGUUUACCAUGACGACUGAAAUAUCGUUUAAGGAAGUAAUAGAAGCUAUUGCUGAAUGCGCAUUUAAGACGUCACCGUUCCCCAUCCUCCUUUCGUUUGAAAAUCAUGUUGAUUCGCCCAAACAGCAGGCAAAAAUGGCAGAAUAUUGCAGAUUAAUAUUUGGCGACACUUUGAUGAUGGAGCCGCUGGAAAAAUACCCGCUCGAACGUGGCGUUCCCCUUCCAAGCCCAGCUGACCUGAUGUACAAAAUCCUCGUGAAGAAUAAAAAAAAGUCCCAUAAGUCUGCAGACGGCAGUGCUAAGAAGAAGCUCUUGGAACAGGCUUCAAAUGCAUGUAGCGAUGCCUCGAGUGGGUUUGAGCCCUCAUCUCCUGGAGCAGGAGAGGCGGAGAUAGAGAGCGAUGACGAUGACGAUGACGACGACGAUGGCAAAAAAUCUUCAAUGGAAGAAGGGACGGCUGGAAGUGAGGCCAUGGCUACUGAAGAAAUGUCCAACUUGGUGAAUUACAUACAGCCUGUGAAGUUUGAAUCAUUUGAGACAUCUAAAAAACGGAACAAGAGUUUUGAAAUGUCUUCCUUUGUGGAAACCAAAGCGCUCGAGCAGCUCACAAAAUCCCCUGUCGAGUUUGUCGAAUAUAACAAAAUGCAACUCAGUCGAAUUUAUCCAAAAGGGACACGCGUGGAUUCUUCAAAUUACAUGCCGCAGCUCUUUUGGAAUGCCGGCUGUCAGAUGGUUGCCCUGAACUUCCAAACUGUUGAUUUGUCUAUGCAAAUAAAUAUGGGAAUGUAUGAAUAUAACGGCAAAAGUGGCUACAGGCUAAAACCAGAGUUCAUGCGACGGCCAGACAAGCAAUUUGACCCGUUUGCUGAAGGCAUUGUAGAUGGAAUAGUAGCAAACACUUUGUCUGUGAAGAUAAUUUCUGGACAGUUUCUUUCGGAUAAAAAAGUUGGGACUUACGUAGAAAUGGACAUGUUUGGUCUGCCCGUGGACACAAGGCGGAAAGCUCUCAAGACCAAGACCUCUCAAGGCAAUGCUGUGAAUCCAGUGUGGGAAGACGAGGUUGUCGUCUUUAAGAAGGUGGUUCUGCCUUCCCUGGCGUGCCUGAGGAUAGGAGUCUAUGAAGAAGGAGGGAAAUUCAUUGGUCACCGAAUAUUGCCCGUUUCAGCGAUUCGGCCAGGUUAUCACUACAUCUCCCUGAGGAAUGAGAGGAAUCUGCCUUUAGUUCUGCCGGCCUUGUUUGUAUACAUAGAGGUUAAAGACUAUGUUCCCGAUACUUAUGCAGAUGUUAUCGAAGCCUUGUCCAACCCCAUCAGAUACGUGAACUUAAUGGAGCAGAGAGCAAACCAGUUGGCAGCCCUGACUCUGGAGGAUGAAGAGGAAGUCAAGAAAGAGGCUGAUCAGGGAGAUGUACCUUCAGAAGCUCAGAAUGAACCAAAGCCUGCACCAGCUGAAAAUGGAGUAAACCACACGGCUUCCCUCACGCCUAAGCCUUCCACUCAGGUUGCCCCCAGCCAACCAACACCAGGUUCUGUGAGAGCCCCAGCAAAAUCAGAAGACCUUAUUCAAAGUAUUCUGACAGAAGUUGAAGCACAAACGAUCGAGGAGCUAAAGCAACAGAAGGCAUUUGUGAAACUUCAGAAGAAGCACUACAAAGAAAUGAAGGACCUUGUGAAGAGACACCACAAGAAGACCACCGAUCUCAUAAAAGAACAUACGGCAAAGUACAAUGAAAUCCAAAACGACUACAUGCGACGGAGAGCGGUCUUGGAGAAAACAGCUAAAAGGGACAACAAGAAAAAAGGGGAAAGCGGCAGUCCAGAUCAUGGCUCUUCGAUGGUUGAGCAAGAACUGACCGCCCUGGAUUCUGAAAUGACCCAGAAAUUAAUCGAACUGAAGGAGAAACAACAGCAGCAACUGCUCAAUCUCCGGCAAGAGCAAUAUUACAGUGAAAAGUACCAGAAGCAAGCACAUAUUAAGCUGCUCAUUCAAAAGCUGACAGAUGUCGCCGAGGAGUGCCAAAGCAGUCAGCUGAAGAAACUGAAAGAGAUUUGCGAAAGAGAAAAGAAAGACUUGAAAAAAAAGAUGGACAAAAAGAGGCAAGAGAAGAUCACGGAAGCGAAAUCCAAGGAUCGGAAUCAAAUGGAUGAGGAGAAGACGGAAAUGAUUCGAUCAUAUAUUCAGGAGGUGGUGCAGUACAUUAAAAGGCUAGAAGAUGCUCAGAGUAAAAGGCAAGAAAGGCUUGUGGAGAAACACAAAGAGAUUCGCCAGCAAAUAUUGGAUGAAAAGCCCAAGUUGCAGGCUGAGCUUGAUCAAGAAUACCAGGACAAGUUCAAAAGACUCCCGUUGGAAAUUCUGGAAUUUGUACAGGAAGCCAUGAAAGGCAAAAUGACUGAAGAUGGCGACCACAGCUCAACCCCUUCGUUGGCGCCUGAGGGCAGGAAGCAGAACCAUAAACCAUUGCAAAACGAAGAGCUGGAAGAUAAUCCGGGGAAAGAAUUUGAUACCCCCCUUUAACUACCACCACCAGUUCACACGUCUACAUUACUGUGGCAGAACAGAUCACUACCUUCUUCCCCAGAUACUGGGGGAUUUUGAGUGGCCACCGGGCAACCUCCAACAUAGAAGACAUCCAGAGGGAUUAGAGCAGCCAGCUGGGUGGACGUGCUAUAUGUUCAUAGGCCUUUGUCCUAUCAGCAUGCUAAACUGUAACGCGUUCAAAAUGCAGUCGUUGACCUGCACAGCCCUUUCCCGAGCCAGUUGUACCUGGCAUUUGUCAAGUUGCGUGUGGUCCCACUGGAGCUGUCUGUGGGGACCGGUGUUGCUUUUGGUUUAAGGUGAAUGUGCAUAGACCCCUCCCCUGUGUGAAGCCGCAGUGCCAAGUGUUCUGAGCAAGUUGUCACCUUUUAACCCUUUCUUUCCCCUUCUGUAAUUGCAUCUUGACGCUUGUUUCAUCUUAAUAUUUGCACUGAGUUUUGUUUUCCUUUGCCAACACCACCAGCACUUCCUGCGUUGACCAUCUGUCAGAAAUACCUGUCCCAAAGGCGUUCCAUUGAAAUUUCGGUAUUGUGCAUGUUUCUAAGAGGAAAUAUAUAUUUUUCCUAGAAGUAUAUAUGUGGUUGUAUAUGCUUCAUACAGGUGUGAAUUCACAUAGAUGUGCAUAGACACACAUCAUGUGUCCGCCCCGUUGUAAGUACAAAACAUACACGUCCUUGCUGGAAGUCUGAUAUCAGGAUGGGCUGGAAAAAAAACCCAGCAAGAAUAAAGAGACGUUGCUUUUCUGACUAAGUGAUAACUGUUACCACUGCUAAGUAGUAGGAAAUCACAAAAACCUUUGACUUAAUAUUGUACAUUGGUUUUCAAACCUUUUUGUGGAUUCUAGAGUAUUGUUUUCAGUUAUUAUUUCAUGGUUGCAAAUCACAUACAGUUGGAUUCUGAAAAUGUUUUGUAUAGUAUCUGACAUACAGACUAUCUCUUCCAUAGUUUUAAAAACUGUACAGUUUGCAUGUGAAAACCGCCAUCUCCUGAAUGUAUAUAUCAAACGGUUCUUUCCAGGGUGGGAUGCUUAUGGACGUAGGGGCAAAUUUAUUCAGACAGACAGUAUAAGGAUGUGGGGGAAGUACGCAGGAGUUCUGACUGUAAAUUUUAUUUAUACAGUUAACCUUAGGAAAGGUUAAUGUCCCUCUGAACUCAGUAGAAACUACUUUAUAGGUAAUAUUGAAACACUAAAUUUUUAGCCGGGUAGCUGCAAGUCUUUUCAUACAUAACAGCAUAUAUGUAGUUCGCUUUCCCUCAGGAGACGCUAGAAAUAACUUAAUUCAUUUAAAUGUAAGCAAUAAAUAGCGAUCAAACUUAAGUUUUGAGUUAAAUGCUUCAUGUACAUAUAGGGAAGUUAAAACUUUGGCUGAACAGUAUUUUCUUUUCCUCUUAAUUUAUAGCAAGCACGAAGAAACGUAUACUGUUUGGAGAGUACGUACAAGAUACCAUGUGCUCUGCUUACAAUGGCUGGAAUAAUGUAGAACAUGUAACUCUAAACAGACUUUCCUUUGAUUUUAAGAAAAUGACUCCUGUCAUUUUAUUUUACUUUUUUGCACUUUGAAGAUUAAUAUUAAUCAUUAAAAAAAAACCCUUUAAAGGUCAAAAAGUUAAAAAAAAACCUUUGAAGGUGAGAAGUUUAAUGCUGCAUUUUAUACGAUAAAGGUUAAAUGAAUUGUUUUCAGUUAAGCAGGAUAUACUAUAAUAGCAGUAUUUACAAAAAACACAUAAGAUUAUUUCUUUUGACUUGCGUGUGUACAGUGCAGCUUCAAAAUAGUCUAGGAGAAAUUGAAUGAGAUUUUUAAUUUAUGAAAUAAUUUUACAAGUUAAUGGUUCGACAAGAGUAUAUUAUCAGCUGUAGUUGGGUUUUCAGUACAUUUGUAUUUGACCAUUGACUGUACUUACAUUUUAUAUAUUAUAAAUAUAUAUAUAUAUAUCUGUACAGUGCCCUUUUUUUGCAGUUGUGGUCUAGUGUGUAAGAUUAUAUAUCUUGCCUUGUUCAAACUUACAGUAAUAUAUUAUUUACCAUUAAUAUUACUUGAAAUAAAGUACGGUCAUGA